GUGACGUAACGGACGCGCUUGAUUCUUUUUCCGGUCAUUGCCGCUCCGCGCUGCUGUGUUGCGACGAUGCCGAAAUUUUAUUGUGAUUAUUGUGACACAUACCUCACACAUGACUCGCCAUCUGUGAGAAAGACACACUGCAGCGGACGCAAACAUAAAGAAAAUGUGAAGGAUUAUUACCAGAAGUGGAUGGAGGAGCAGGCACAGAGUCUCAUUGACAAAACGACGGCUGCCUUCCAGCAGGGUAAAAUCCCCCCCACGCCGUUCCCCGGAGCCCCUCCACCUGGAGGAUCCCUGCUGCCUCAUCCAAGUAUUGGUGGACCUCCAAGACCGGGUAUGUUACCAGCCCCACCAAUGGGUGGCCCUCCUAUGAUGCCCAUGAUGCCCCCUCCACAUGCCAUGAUGCCUGGAGGACCAGGUCCGGGUAUGCGGCCACCAAUGGGUGGACCCAUGCAAAUGAUGCCUGGGCCGCAUAUGAUGCGUCCUCCCGCUCGGCCAAUGAUGUUGUCUGUUAGGCCUGGAAUCGUGCGACCCGAUCGAUAAAACUAUAGCUUUCCCACCGCGCUCUUCACAGAUCAAGGACUUGGCCAAAUAACGGCACUGGUUUUACAGUAGAUUUAAGACUUUUGCGAUGACUUGCGUUUGUGGCUCAAAGUUUGGUUCAGAACAUUCUGGUGACUAAAAUUAAACUAAACGGUGAACUUUGCAUUGGCUUGCGUGUUCAUGACAGACUUGAGGGAGUUAUGGAAUGGAUUUGUGUAUGAUGUGUUUAUUAUACGUUUUAAUGUUUUAUUUAGUGACUUUGUCAGGGUUUUUCAUUUUUUUGAGAAAAUAAAACCAGAAAUCUAUUUUG